UAGGAGGAACGCUUAUAGACAGGUUUAACCUGACUAAAUCAUCACAUAUCUCGUACUACUGUCAUUUAAAUCAUAUGCUACUGUUCGCCUAACGUUACUUGUUACCUGCCAAAAAGCUCAGCUCUUUGAAGACAGUUGUCAUGACCGCGAUACAACAUAUGUCCCCCGCAGUCGACGGCCUCUUUCUUUUCUGUCGGCUUAUAACUGGGACAAAGACUUUUCCCAAGUUUAGCCUGUCCCUUUAACAGCAGUGCAGCCCUAGCGGUGAUUAUCGGACUGUCCGAUUCCCGGGAAACUCUGCGGCGAAGCGCUCGCUUUCAACCGGGAUCAUGGCGGCUCCGCUCGGGCGGGACACACUACCUGAGCACUGGUCCUACGGGGUGUGUGGGGAUGGCAGGGUCUUUUUCAUCAACGACAAAACUCGCGGCACUACUUGGCUCCAUCCCCGCACUGGUGAACCUGUCAACUCAGGACACAUGAUACGAUCAGAUUUACCGCGGGGAUGGGAAGAGGGCUUCACCGAGGAAGGCGCCAGCUACUUUAUAAACCACAACCAGAGGACGACGACAUUCAAGCAUCCUGUGACGGGACAUAUCUCCUCCGAAAACACUGACUUCAUUUUACACGACCAGGCAAAUUUACGCAUGUCCAAGCCGCCACCAGAGCUGAGGCCUCCCAGCAUGGUCAGCGAGUCCUCUGUAGCCGUCUCCUCAUCCCCUGUGGACACCACCUCAGCAUCCAGGAGUUUGAAACCUAGUGGGAAGGUGCAUUGCUUUGGCAAGCGUGACCAUUCCAUCAAAAGGAACCCUAAUGUCCCAGUGGUGGUGAGAGGAUGGCUCUACAAGCAGGACAGCUCAGGCAUGAGACUGUGGAAGAGGAAAUGGUUUGUGUUGUCUGAUUACUGCCUGUUUUACUAUAAAGAUAGUCGAGAGGAGACGGUUCUGGGCAGCAUUCCUCUGCCCAGCUAUGUCAUUUCCCCCGUGGGACCCGAGGACCACAUUAGCCGCAAGUACGCCUUCAAGGCCUGCCACACGGGAAUGCGCUCCUACAUUUACAAUAAGAAUUCUCUGAUUGGCUCGCAGGCCGAGCACUGUGGCAUGAGGACCUACUUCUUCAGUGCAGACACACAAGAGGACAUGAAUGGCUGGAUCCGGGCCAUGAACCAGGCUGCACUGAUGCAGAGCCAUGUUGUGAAGAGAGAAGCUGAAAGAAGAUCCAAACCUGAGCAGCAAGCAGUCCCUCAGACCAACCAUUUCAGAAGCAGCGUUAAAAUCUCCUCCCAGGCUGAAGGCCUCCGAGAUGGGGAGGAGUGCUAUGUGUACAGCAAGGAAGCGUCGGAGGAUCCUGUUAAAAUCUCCUCCGGAGAGAUGGAGAUGGCAGGGAUUUCCCAAUCAGGUGCCCAUUCUCGCCCACCUUCUACGGUGCCCACUCACAGGAAUGGGCUGCCCUCCUCAGGCAUACCUCCUGAUGAGAACGGGAUCGUGGUGUAUAAGAGGGGUCUCGUCCCCUGUCCAAACACGGAGAAAAAGGUGCAAAGGAAAACUGCGCAGGCUCAGGUCGAGCACUGGGUGAAGGUGCAGAAAGAAGACCCCUCAAAAAGCCAUCCCACUGCUGAGUACACACUUCCCAGACGGACACCACCUCUCCAGCCUAAGUCCGUCAUGAUGGAGACGUACCAGUCGUUGCCAAAGACCACUCGCCACCACACCGGAGGCAGUUCCCCACCAGUGUCCCGUAACCUGCCUAGUGACUAUAAGUACGCCCACGACCGUCUUAGUCACUUUCGUAUGUCGUCUGAUGAGCGGUUGGCCACUAAAGAAGGCAUGGUGUGGCAGCUUUAUGAGUGGCAGCAGCGCCAACAGUUCCGCCAUGGAAGCCCCACUGCACCAAUCUACACCGGGCCUGACUACAUGGACACGUCUGCCUUCAGAGUUACUCUGGAAAUGCCACGAUCCAUAUCUGUGCCUCCAUCACCAUGUGACAUACCCCCACCCAGCCACCACUCCAAGUCCUUGUCCCCACGCAGGCCCCACACGCCCGCCGACAGGGUGACCGUAUGCCCACUGGAUGACUUCACCAGCGUGGACACUCCCAGUUUGGGUUCUCCCAGAGGAAUAUGUUCCCAGAUCUCAAAGACCUCACAAAUAGAGAGGAGAUCCAUGCCAACAAUGGGGUACAUCACGCACACAGUCAGUGCACCAAGUCUGCAUGGAAAAACGCCGGAGGAGUUGACCCUGCUGCUCAUCCAGCUCAGGAGACACCGGGCCAAGAUGGCCAGCAUGCACUGCGACACAUUCACACACCUGCAGAACCAGCACAACGGCCUCUCAGGCCCCAGUUUGCAGGCAGAUGACACUUACAUCCAGCUGAAGAAGGACCUGGAGUAUCUAGACCUAAAGGUAACUGGACGUGACUCGCUUAAAGAUCGACCACCUCGGCCUGUUAAAAUAGCUGAAAGUGACAUAGAUGUAAAGCUUAGUAGGUUAUGCGAGCAAGACAAGAUCCUACAAGAACUGGAGGCCAGGAUACGCACACUCAAAGAAGAUAAGGACAAGCUUGAGUCAGUUCUGGAUGUUUCCCAUCAGCAGAUGGAGCAGUACCACGAUCAGCCCGCCCAUGCAGAGAAGAUCGCCUAUCAACAGAAGCUGUUACGGGAGGACGUGGUCCACAUCAGGGCGGACAUCUCACAAGUGUCCACGGAGAUGGAGAACGCUUGGGCAGAGUACAGCCAAUUAGAGAGAGAUGUGGACAGACUGCGUUCAGCCCUUCAAGACCAGAUGACCCACAUUGCUCUCUCUCAGCAGGAGAAAUGUCAGCUGCGGAAGGAGCUGUGGCGGAUCGAGGAUGUGCUUGCAGGCCUAAGCUCCAGCAAAACCAACUACAAAGUGACCAUUGACUCUUUUCGGAAUCCAGGUGAGAGCGGGCCCCUGCCUGCCAUCACCCCCAUGCACUGGAACACAGACCGAGAGAGAAAACUUGUGCCUUCAGCAUCAUUGUCCGCAGUGCCUUCUCUCACUGCAAGCCCAUCCAUGGGCGAACUGAAAGCUGCUCAACCCAGCCCCCAUCUCAGCCCAGUGCAGUCUACCCAGCAGCCCUUGCAGCUCUCACAUUCAGCCCACAAGCCAAAAUGGCCUGAAGAGGAUGCUCCACCCAGACCCCCUCUCCCUAACCUCUACAGUCCAGAUGAACACCCCCCGGCAGUGCCCCCUUUCCCCAAAGAAACCUCGGUCAUCCGCCACACAUCAGUCCGGGGUCUUAAACGACAGUCUGAUGAGCGGAAGCGUGAUCGUGAGUUUGGGCAGUACUCUAAUGGAGAUCAUAAGGUUGAGAUACGAGCGUUCCUGAGUGAGCCUGAACUAUUGGCAGUUGGUGGACAAAUUGGGGGCUUGAGCCGUGAUAGUGGCUACCAAACUCUACCAAACAGAGUUCGACAUCUGUCAGGUUUGACAGGCUCAUCUUCAAGACUGAACCAGUCAUCAAACAUUUCUUCAUUUGUCACCCUCAGAAGAGGACUCACCACCACAAGCUUGAAGGAGAGACCAAAGAGUGCCUUGGAGCGGCUGUAUUCUGGGGAGCCUGUGCAGCAGCGUGGCCGCAUGAGCGCCGAAGAGCAGCUGGAGAGGAUGAAGCGUCACCAAAAGGCUCUCGUGCGGGAGCGCAAGAGAACACUCAGCCAGGGCGAGCGGCAGGCCUCCUCAUCUCGUGCCUCCUCCUCCUCCUCCUCCACAUCCAGACCUGUGUCUGCAGACCUGAGAUCAUGGAGGAGAGAGCAGGACUUUGAUUUGCAGCUUCUGGAGCGGGCCGUGCAGGGUGAAGAGAGACCAGUCGAGCACAAAGAGAGACAGCGCUCUCACUCAGACGAAUGGCUCACCCUGAGCAGCACACCCAUGAGAGAACUGGAUCUGGAGCCUCUGGACUACCAGCUGGACCUCAGCAAAGAGCUUGCAAAGCCACAAAAGGUGGCCAUCCCUGAGCGUUACGUGGACCUGGAUCCAGAGGAGCCCCUUAGUCCUCAGGAAAUGGAGGCCAGACAUCGUAAAGUGGAACAAAUCAAGAGCAUCCUUGCUAAGUCUAGUGUCCAGAAUAUACCUCCUCCAGCAACAGUAGACAAGCCGAUGCCGCCGGACAUAGACUCAGCUCUACAGGAGCAAGAGAGAAUCAUCACCAUGUCCCAUGCCUUAGCAUCAGAGGCCUCGCUCAAGAGCAAGCAAGUGGCAGACUCACCGCCGGUUAACAGUCCCACCUCACUCCCUCAACCUCCACCUCCUCCUCCUCCUCUCCCUCCCUCCUCCUCUACGCCUCAGUCUGCUCCCUCUCCCCUGAGCAAUGGAUUUCACUACACCUUUGUCUAAUCAGAGAAGAACUAAAGAGAACGAGGGUGGAGAGUGUUUACCUGUCUACUAUUUAGGUUUAAGCCAAAGCUGUGUCUGGAUACUGAGGUGCUGUCACAUUCUGAAAACCCCACCAGUGGUGGACAAACUUAAACUCAACUUAUCGAAUCACAUCGCUCACAUUUAGAGAUGACGUUAGCGCACUUUUGGACUCAUAUGGGAACUCGCUCCUGAAAUGCAUUUUUGUAGAGCUAUUAUUUGAUACAGACUUUCUGCUGUGGAAACUGCUGUGCAUAUGCUGUACAAAAUCUAUCCAUGAUAACCCAGACAUAGAGAGCCAUUUUAUAUCCAUUACUGCACUUUUAAUAUGCACCGUAUUGUAGAGAUCAUUUUACUUCUCAAAGCAAGACCGAUGUUUAAAUGGAGUUCAGGUUGAAAACAACGGUAACAUAAAGACUAAAAAAGUAUUCUAAAUGUGUAACGACAUGAAGGGUACCAAACUGUCAAAUGUCGAUUGUAUUUUGUCAAUUCAGAUGAUAUUCUUACACCAAAUCACUUGAAAUAUUAUUUUUAUGUAUCCAGCACUGCCAGUCUCUAGUUAGCUUGCCAAAUGCAUUUUAUUUUUGUUGACAAAGUAAAGAAAACAAUUCAUACAUUAAUAUUUUCAGACAGGAUUUGUGGGGAAUUGGUUGGGGAGGAAUAUGCCACAUACUUUUUUUUUUUUUUUUAAAGAAACUGUAAAUAUUAAAGAUAUUAACAAGCCAGUGGUCUUUUAUUCUGUUUGUGUUCUUUAAGAACGAAGGAGAGAGAGAAAAGAAUUUCAGUUUUUCAGCUACAGAAAAAAAAUAGUUGUCAAAUAAACAAUUUCUGAAUUGAUUUGGAGGUUUUACAUUUGCAUCGUACUAAAAGCAGUCGUUAACUCCAGUCUCACAAGGUAAUGCGUAUUCAAAUGUUUUGUGAAUACCUUCUGAACUCACUUUGUUUUAUUCCUUCCAUACAUAUUCAGUUAAAAGAAUAAGAAUAAAAUGAAUUUCGAAA